GCAGCCGCUGCGUUUUGCGCGCGCCUUGCCGGUCGACCGCCACCGCGCCCCGAAUAUGACACGACGGGCGAAAGACUGGCUGCUUCGAAGGCUAUGAGCCACUAUCGCGUCCGCAGCCUCCCUAUCACCCGUCCUCCUUCUCCUUCUCCAGUCGCCCAGCAUGUCGUCGACAGGCAUCCUCCCAACGUCGCUGCUUGACACCGAUCUCUACAAGUUCACAAUGCAGCAAGCUGUCCUCCGUCACUUCCCGGACGUACAGGCUACGUACCGCUUCACCCACCGCGACAAGGACGUCCCCUUCACCCGCGAGUGCGUCGACACCUUCCGUGAAUCCGUCUCCAAGUUUGGCUCGCUGCGUCUGACUGAUGAGGAGUACGCCUGGCUCAAGACUACCUGCCCGUACUUCAACGACGAAUAUCUGCAGUACCUCCGCCAGUAUCGCUUCAAGCCCGAGCAAGUCUCCGUUCGCUUCCUCCCACUCGACGAGAAUCCCACCUUAGGCCACCUCGAGAUCGAAGCAGUCGGCCCGUGGCUCGAGACCAUCCUCUGGGAAGUGCCCCUCAUGGCUUGCCUGAGCGAGCUCUACUUCAAAUUUGUGGACACGGACUGGAACUACGAUGGGCAGGAAGAGCAAGCGUACGCCAAGGCCGAAGAUCUCGUCAAGGCAGGCUGCGCCUUCAGCGAAUUCGGCACACGCAGGCGAAGGUCCUGCCGCACCCAAGAUACGGUCAUCCGCGGACUCGUCCGCGCGUCCAAAGAGUUCCCGGGGCCAGGAAAGUUGACUGGGACGAGUAACGUUCAUCUCGCGCAUGUACAUGGCUUGUCGCCGGUUGGAACGAUAGCCCACGAAUGGUUCAUGGGAAUCGGCGCUUUGAAGGGAUACGAACACGCCAACGGCACCGCACUCGCCCUGUGGGAAGAGGUCUACCCGGACGCUCUCCAGCUCGCCCUGACCGAUACGUUUUCAACGGAAGUCUUCUACAAGGACUUCAUCGCGAACCCAGAACGAGCGAGGAGAUGGAAAGGCCUGCGCCAGGACUCCGGUGACCCGUUCAUCUACGCACCGCGGGCCAAAGAGGUCUACGAGUCCCUCGGUAUUAACCAUCGCGAGAAGAUCAUCAUCUUCUCCGACGCUCUCAGCGUCGAGAAGGCAAAGAAGCUCAAAGCGCAAUGCGACGAAGUCGGUUUCACCGCUUCCUUCGGGAUCGGGACGACCUUCACGAAUGACUUCAAGAAGGUGUCGAGCGGCGGCAAGGAGAAGAGCAAGGCGCUGAAUAUGGUCAUCAAGCUCGCGGCCGUGGAUGGUAAGCCCUGCGUCAAAAUCAGUGAUGAGCUCACGAAGAACACUGGCGAUACGGCAAUUGUGAAGUUGGUGAAAGAAAUUUACCAUCUUCCCUUGUGAUUGCCUGUCUUAUUGUGAUAGUGUACACAAAUGUGGGAAAAGGAUACUGAAAGGUCCAGUAGGCUGUUAGAUGCACUACAGAUAAAAAGAACUUAGGUCGGGAGAUUUACCGUCGCUUGGCGGAGGCGCUAAGCGGCUUG